AUGCGCGUGACCUCCGUCUUCCGGGUAACUACUGCAGCCGCAGCCGCUCUCCUUCUCGCUGGCUGUACAACGCAGUCCGUCGAGUCCAAGGCAGCAUCUGGCAAUGCGCGUUUUCAAUCCCCAGAUAGCACGGCCCCGAGUGUGGACCGAACCAGCGUCGCGCGGUCUCUGAAGAGCAUGGAAGCAGCAGCGAGAGCAGCACCCGAAGAGCGGACAGUUGCGGCAACGACAGCUGACGCCAAGUCGAUCGACUCGAAGUUGCUGGGGGACAUGAGUCACGACAAGAAGCACGCCGAGAAAGUCUUUAGCAGCUGGUUGCGAAACGGUCAAGACAUGCACGACAUUGAGAAGCGGCUCACAACACACGACCUGGUCAGCAAGUACAGAGGCGUGCUCGACCAGUACGACAGCUACUGCCACGAGCAUGUUGGCGAAUAG